GUAUUCGUCACACAGCCGCAGCGAGCAGAAUAGUGAUAUCAAUGAAGGUCAACGCAAGGAUAAAGGCCUACCUCCUGGUCCUCUUGGUGCUCUUCCUAGCGGCUAACCUCAUGAAUAAACCGGAAAUGAAUGACAACUCUGCUAUACCUCGCUCCAAAAUCUCUACGCAUGUAGCCCCGCCAGAUUCGGGUGACCCUAUCUCCUCGUCGUAUGGUUUGGCGGACAACAGCGGCUACUACAAGAGCCAUUACUUCGUGUGGCCGGCAGCAAAGUGGGAGGAGGCCACGUCGAAGUCCAAGGUGUGCCUCCUUGCCCAGGGCGGCGUCGACAGGAUUUUCUGGGUGGUGCGCCAGGCCGAGGCGUUUGCAGGUCCUGUGUCUAUGGGCAUCUUUGUCGCGGGCUCUGAGUACGCCGUGGCAGUCGAGAUGGUGACGUAUAUAAGGAAAUGCUUCCCUCCUGUGCGAGACUGGGUAUCUUUCCACAUCAUGUACCCCGCAGACAAGCCGCCUAAGCUUUCUCCCUCGCCGAAAACGUUUGCCCUCAACUGCUCUGAUCCGGAAGGGGCGAACCGGUUGUUUAUGAGUCUCCGCGACAGUACGGAACCCAUGGAAACCCACUACCCUCAAAACCACAUGAGGAACGUGGCCAGAAAAGCCUGCCCCUGCGACUACAUCCACAUUGUCGACAUCGACAUGCUAGCCACCCCUCGCAUGGCAGAGAACCUGAACGGCUUCCUCAAGACGAUGGAGACGACGAAACCAUGUGAUAAGUGCAUCUACGUCGUGCCUGCUUACGAGGUUCAUGAAUCCGUUAAGAAGUACCCCGACAACAAGAAGGAGCUGCUCGAGCUGGUGCACAAAGGGCUGGCGCAGGUGUUCCAUGUCAAGGUAUACGACCGAAACCAAGGCAACGGCCGUUUUCCGCAGCACUGGGAGGUGGAACCGACCGACGAAGACGCAUCGGAAUACCGUGUUCUCUACGACAUUCCUAACUACCAGGAGUUUUGGGAGCCGCUGAUGGUCCUGCCCUACACGGCUCCCUGGCACGAUGAGCGCUUCGUCGGGUUCGGCUUCAAUCGCAACAGCCACAUGUUUGAACUUAACUGCCUCGGCUACAAGUUCAACGUGUUGGACAGAGCUUUCCUCGUCCACCGUGGAUUUCAAACCAAACAUAAUUAUCCAGCUCGGCGAUACACUCAGCUUGCGGAAAAUCGCGGACGAUACGCUUCCUUCAAAAACGAAAUCAGAGCGAAAUACGGAUGCUAGUAAAGGAAGCUUCCCUUUUAUUCAGAAAAUCUACAACAGAGAAGAUCUUUCGAUACAUAUCUAUAAUUUUGAUGUAAGAAUGAUACCCAUAAGACAUUUGGGCAUUUCAAUGUUUCUUUUUUUCUCUUUUUUUUUUUUUUUGGGGGGGGGGGGGGGCGUGGCUUUAGCCAAAUCGAAAUCGAAACAUAUCCAAGCUAAGCAUUCCGUGAAAAUGCCCGCCACUCAUUUUAGUGAUUUAUAUCUUGUGCUUACAUGGAGGGAAGGGAUGCUGUUCCCUAAAACGCGGCCCAUAGACUAAUGAUGUGCUGUUUAUGUCAUAUAGCUUUCCCCGGAAUCAAUUUGUCUUUGCGUAUAAGAAACAUGUGUAGUUUGCCAUUUCAAAACAACAUAAGUUGAGUUCAUUGCAAAUGUAGAAAGGGUAUGAAUGAGAUGUAUUUGACCGGUUUCGAUUAUAUUUUGUAUUUCUGACGAAGAUACAAUUGAAUCCGGUAAAAUAUAUCCCUUGCACUGUAAAGAUAUUCAUUCUCAUUCUACCUUUUCUCAACACAAUAUGGUGAACCUGUGAACAGUGAUAAGUAAUUUCUCGAAAGGUACUGAAUGUGAACAAUGUACAAUUAAACAAAGAUCUUUGAUUUUAAACUUUAUAUUUCUAUUAUGACUAAUUAACAGAAAAAGUUGGGUCAUUAGAUAGAAAUAUGAAUAGAUAGCAGAAUGGAUAUAUUAGCCGAAAGGAAGAGAGGGGGAAAUAGAUAGAAUGCCAGAUAGAAAGAGAGAGAUAGAGAAGAGGGGAGGAAGAAGGGCGGGCGAUGGAGAAGGAAAGAGAGAGGGGGGGGGGUAUUACCGUACCAAUAAUUCAAGUACCUAAAUAUCAAUUAUUUAUGUUAGGAAUGACCUUCCUGCCUCAAAUAUCAAUAUGAAGCAUAACCAUGUGUGCUGUGUGGCGCUGUGGUAGCGUUUUUGUCUAGCAAUCUUGCUGACCGUUCAAAUCCCUCGCCGCCAGUGCUUGGUAACCCCAACCAUUCUUUACAUACACAUAAUUUAGAAUCAAAACAGACAGUCUGUCACACCAAACAUAAGAAUAACCACUGAAACAAAUGGAAAUAACUAAAUUAUCAUUAUAAGUUCUCAUGCAAUUAACACUAUAAAGUUAUGUAUGGUCUAUGUAGUUACUCAUAGAUUAAAAAGUCCUUGGCUAUGUUUUAUAGAUAUAACAAUAUGUACGUAUCCAUAUAUGCAUGUAAAUAUACAUGUUUUCUUCUUCUCCUCGUCUUUUCUUUUUUUCUUUUCUUUUUGUUUUUCUUUUUUUCUAUUUUGAUGUUUCUACACAUCUAAAGUACUUGUAAUAAUAGGCAAACUACAGGAAGCAUAAAAGAUUUUUUCCACACUGACUGCAGCGAGGACUUUUCCUUUCAACUGCUGACGACAAAGGCCCGUGCCAAUAUGUACUUUUUGCGAUAAGUUAUAUUAGUAAAUAAUUUAAAUGACGAUAGUUGUGACGAUAAUGAGCAUAAAUAAAUAAGGAUGUUGAUUUUUAUUUGUUUUCUCUGUUUUCUUGAACAGUUGGAAUUCCUUUUAGGUGGUGUAGUUAUUCAAAUAUUUUGUUAAUGACAAUUGUUUAUAUUAAAUCGUUUGUUCAAAUAAAAGACUCAAAAUAUA